CAUUGUUGUGAGCCUUCAUAGUACAUCGUAUACCGUCAUCUCAUAUGUUUUCCAUCAAAUCAAUUCAGCUUUGUAGAUACUUUAGCCGUAAAUCAGGUGUUCUUCGUUAUUGGCACAGUGCCCCGUACUUAACUCAUUCAAAAUUGCUUGAAGACAAAUUAAUUCGUCCUGUAGACCGUUCAAAAGAAACAGAAAAACUUCUUAGAUCUCGUUUAGUUUACCAGUCGAGAAAACGAGGGAUUCUGGAGACUGACUUAAUUCUGUCAGGAUUCGCCAAAGAGUAUUUGUCCAAAUACAAUGUCGAAUUGCUAAAGGAGUACGACAAUUUACUAAAUGAGGCAGACUGGGAUAUAUUGUACUGGUGCACCGGCGAGCGUCAAGCUCCAGAACAUUGGUUGAACAGUCGUGUGCUGCGUGAUCUGAAGGAGUAUUUGUCGAGUAAGAACGGAGUUGUUCGUUUUAUGCCUGAAUUGUGAGGACGCAAUUGAUGUUUUAGCUGUCUUCGUUUGUAUUCUUAUGUAAUGACCAUGUACUAUAAUUUACGUGUGUGGAGAACCCGUUUUCCUCAAUCAUAGAAUUGCACAUUAUUUCUUUCGUUUGCGAUCACGAUGGUUUCCUUUGCCAAAUUGCAUUUCGAUAUCAGUGAUUUCUUUCGGAGCUGCUUCACUCAGAUUUAUGGGUUCGUCUUUGCCUACUAAAAUACUGUCUUCGAUUCUUAUAGCAACGCCUUGGGCCCAGCGAGGCCAACGGUCGUCCAUGGGAAAGUAUACUCCUGGUUCUAUGGUGAUCUAGCAAUCGUUAGUUGCGGAAGUUCACAAAUUAAUCGAAAUAAAACACGUACCACUUGAUUUUUCUUAAUCGGCUCAUAAGUGCUGAUGGAAGAGCAGUCAUGUAUUUCCAGUCCAAUAUGAUGUCCAACGGAAUGUGGAUACAGCACAUUUUCAAUUUCCUAGUGAACGAACGUUAGCUUGAUAUACUCACUUUGUUAAGGGCUUACGAAGUUGCUGGCAUAAAUGCCAAUUUGCCGCAAUUCUUCUCGUAAAAGGGAACUGCUAUGGUUGUGAAUUGCUGCUAUAGACAAUCGUUGGUUUUCAGUACACAGUUUUAUACACUCUUUCUGAACAUUCAAAACGGCUUGAUAAAUGUCCCUUUGUGAUUCCGUAAAUCGGCCAUUUACAGGCCAAGUACGAGAUAUAUCCGUUACAUAGUUACCGUACUCUCCACCAGCAUCAACGAGGACCAUGUCUCCGUCCUUAAGGACGUUAUUAUUGACGGUGUAAUGAAUCGUUAACCCAUUCUAAAACUAGUUAGAGCAGAAAUAUGGAAUGGGUAGAAAGGUACUUACCAAUCCUCCAGCUACAACAGGUACAUAAGCAGAGCGUUCACAAUUCCCAACACGAAACUCGUAAUCAAGAGUAGCUGCGAGUUGGGUUUCGGUUGCAAUCUGACCUCCAUGGAACACGUUGGCAUACGCUUCCCCACUGAUUUGGCCAGCAUGUUUCAUGCAAUGUAUUUCUCCUGGUAGUUUUACACAGCGAAGCGGAUGUAAAAUCCGGCUGAUGGGUUUCAGGCUACACGACUGUGAUAAGUUUACGAUAGCUUCUGCAAUCGUUGGUGGCCGAAUUCUGCAUAGAUCUCCGAAUGUUGUUGAGCCCGUCAUAGGAACAUCUGCGUAAGCACAUCUGUAUUUUUUUGCUUUAUUCUGCAAAACUUUUUGAAAAUCAUGGAUGUUUAAGACCUGUUGAAAAGCUGUAAGUAAAGUUGAGUACGGGACUUGUUCACAAACCUCGUCAGCGCCAAACAUAUUUUCUGCAGCAGCAAGACCCGUUCUUGUACCCUCCCACUUUUCGGCAAAUGCAUCCUUUGGUCGAAGAAAUAACGUAUACCGGAAAUUGUUGGCUUUGGAUGAAUCGGGUUCUGGAAAUAGUUAGAUAAAGAUCAGCAGAAUGUGUUUAUCAUACCAAUAAUAGCAGCACUGCUGGGUUCCAAACAUCCUAGAAGUCAGAGGAUGGACGAUGGGGCUUUUGCUUACCGGUUAAAUAGAAACUAAAGCAUGAGUUUUGAGGUUUUUAAACAACAAGGGCAACGUACAAGUUAGGAUCUUGGUGAUACUCAUAGCUUUGGAGAAUUUACUGUUAACCUUAAACUUGAAAAAUAUUAAAUAGAAAACUUACAAUGCAGGUCCACACAUAUAGCUGACAAAUUGUGAGUUAGCAAUUGAACUUAACAAGAUGUUCAUACUUUACUGGGGCAGAUGUGGUAACAAUGAAUUCAUUUUUGUC